GUUGACCAGGAUGGUCUCGAUCUGUUGACCUCAUGAUCCACCCGCCUCGGCCUCCCAAAGUGCUGGGAUUACAGGCUUGAGCCACUGCACCCGGCCUACUCUUUUUCCAUUUCUAAAGCUGGAUUGUGAGGCUUGUUGUCUUGAGGAAGGAGCGGGAGGGAUUCCAGCUAAAACAAAGACAAGCAGCUGUUAGGAAGAGGACUGAGGUUAGGAAAGUCCCUUCCAGAAGGAAAAGAAGGGAACUCCUCCCCUUAUGACUUGGUGAGGUAGUGAGAAAAAGAAGGAGAAGACAGUGGUUCAGAUGCUAGAGUCCUGCCAACCCCACACUCCUGAGGUCCAAAUGCUGGGGUGGGAACGGAAUUUAGGGAUUCCUACAGCAUAAGAGACCAUGGCCUGGCUUCCCAGGGUGUUCACAGGUCACAGCAUCACAAAGAAACCACGUCCAACCUGGCUCCUGAGCACUAGAUCAGAAACAGCAGAGGAACUGAAUGUCUUCCAAUACUGGUGAUUGUGGUUAACCCUAAGGAAAAUAAUGUCUAUAAAGGAGACACUGAAUCCUCUGAAUUUUGUACUCUGUGGAUGCCCAUGGCAGAUAAAUGACAAAAAUGUCCACAAUUCUAUAUCCCCUCUUUGUAUCCACACCUUUUGCAAUAAGACUUUGCAGCUCCUCCUAACAAGAGGCAAAGUCUAUUUUCCAUUCCUUGAAUCUUGUCUGGUCUCACAACUUGCUCUGGCCAAAAGAAUAUGGCAGAAGUUACCUUGUACCUUGCACUGUCUCUCAAAACUUCUCCUUUCAUGUGAACAAGUCUAAGCUAGUGUCCUGGAGGAAGAGAGACCACAUAGAGGAGACCUGAAGUACCUGGGUUAACAAUCAGCCAACUUCAGUAACAAAGCCACCUAGACAACCUGCAGCUGACCUCACGUGCAUGAACACUCCCAGCCAAUAUCAGCUGAGAUGAGAGGAACCAACCACCAAACUGAGCUUAAACUAAAUUGUCAACCCACAGAAUCAUGAAUUAACUCAAUGGUUAGUUUUUAAGCUUCUAAAUUUUGGGGUGGUUUGUUAUGCAGCAAUAGCUAACCAAUACAAUGCCUUGUCUAUUAAAAUAAAUAAAAUUAUUUGUAAAUAAAACCUUAGGGGAAAAAAGCAAGUAGCUGAGAAAGAAAUGUGCAUAAAUGAGCAGGUGAUGCAGAAGUUCCUAUGUAAGAAUGACAGGGAGGUACUGAGGGUCUGGUGGAGUCAUCUAGGCUUGUGGUCCUUUCAAAGAAGCUUCAAUGUAUGGGUCUAAUUGACAAGAAAACAAGUAGAGGGAGUAACGGAAUUGAGCAGGGGUAUCAAUGCAAGGCCUGAAAAGACCAGUCACAGACCCAGUGCAAUGACCUUGGGGACCAGGCCAGACUAACCCCCCUCACGGUAGACACUAGGCUCCUAGGACCCAGGAGACAUACUCAGAUCCAAGGCCUGCCACCAUGCUGCAGGGAGAAUCUUCAGCUUCCUCUGCACCCAGGACCUUCUGAACCACGAGGGAGGAAGUGAAAUACUGAAAGGCCAAGUUGUUUCUGUAUUUUUUCCUGGAAAAGACUGAGUUAACCUAAAAGACAAUGGUGAAAUACUGACUCCACCCCAUACAUAUAUUCCUGUUUUACAGAUCAGGAAACUGAGACAGAAAUUGCUCAGAUGAUUGGCCUAAGGUCACACAGCCAUACUGAGUGAAGCCACGUUUUGAACCCAAACAGUGUGGCUGAAGAGACUGCCUGGAUUGCAUUAAUCGGCAAGGUUAAUCUUUUCCUUCUUGACAGGCAGCACCAGGAGGCUCCUGAGGAAGUUCAGAUCAGUUACAGGAAAUGAAGAUGCCACAGACACAAAUGUUUGCACAAUCUGAGUACGUUUCACGUGGACCCCAGGAAAGGGGGGCUGAGAGAGCUGCCCAUGAUUAUACCUUUAGGAGUUAGUCUUGUGCCCUCUAUGCAGUGCCAGAAGGAGGCCCCCAUGGGGCUUGCUUUAUGAUAAAUCCUUCUUCUGAAGGAAUGUUACUUCCUCUAUCUUCUGCACAUCAUGAAUAAUGAUAGUUAACAUGUUUAGCAUUUACACCGUUCUGUGCCCUUGCACAUAUUAUUUCUUAUAAUCUCACCAAAACUUUUCUGAGGAGGGGAUUGCUGCCGUUCCUAUGCUGCAAAUGAAGAAACGAAGACUCAGAAAUGUAAGUGACUUUAAAAUCUUGCACAGCCAAGAAGAGGAAGAUCCAAUGCUUGCUCCAAAGUCCAGCUGAUUCCAGAGUGCAUCCUAUGACCUCAGUGCCCAUCUCCAUCCUGGGCACCUUGGACAGAGCCUAUGGCAAGGGGUCAUCAAGGUUUUAGCACAGUGAUUACAGGAACCACAGCUCAGGCACAAAAGCAGGAACUACUUUCCUCACCAGCAGCCUUGUGUUGCUACAGCAAAAACACUUCCCCAAGCAGCUGUGGCCAAGGGACACAGAAACUGCCUUGUCUAUGGCCCCACCUCAGACUUCAACACUCAACAGAGAGCAGAGGAGCCCCAAGUCCUGGGGACCACAGGAGGUGCCAUGCGCUCCAUGAUGCCCGCCCCCACCUGCCUGGUCCACUUGCUUCCCUGCUUCCUGCUACUUGCUCUGGUCCUUGUCUUCUCAGAAGCCUCUGAGCAAAGCAGAUGGAAUGAGUGGCAGGUGCUACAGCCCGAGGGCCCCAUACUGGUGGCAGAAGGCGAGACACUCCUACUGAGGUGUAUGGUGGUUGGCUCCUACACCAAUGGCAUGAUAAAAUGGGUCAAGGUGAGCACUCAGGACCAACAAGAAAUUUAUAACUUUAAACGUGGCUCCUUCCCCGGGGUGAUGCCUAUGAUUCAACGGACAUCAGAACCACUGAAUUGCGAUUAUUCCAUCUAUAUCCACAAUGUCACCAGGGAGCACACUGGCACCUACCACUGUGUGAGGUUUGAUGGUUUGAGUGAACACUCAGAAAUGAAAUCAGAUGAGGGCACCUCAGUGCUUGUGAAGGGAGCUGGGGACCCUGAACCAGACCUGCGGAUCAUCCAGCCCCAAGAACUGGUGUUGGCAUCCACUGGAGACACUGUCUUUCUGAACUGCACCGUGCAUGGAGACGGUCCCCCGGGACCCAUCAGGUGGUUCCGGGGAGCUGGUCUGAGCCGGGAGGCCAUUUACAACUUUGGAGGCAUCUCCCAUCCCAAGGCGACAGCGGUGCGGUCCUCCAACAAUGACUUCAGCAUUCUUCUGCAAAGCGUCUCCAAUGAGGAUGCAGGCACCUAUUACUGUGUAAAGUUUCAGAGGAAACCCAACAGGCAAUACCUGUCUGGACAGGGCACCUGGCUGAAAGUGAAAGCAAAAUCUACCUCUUCCCAAGAGGCAGAAUUCACCAGGGGACGGGCAACUGAGAUGUCUCCAACAGGUGAGUAUACCUACCUCAGUGGAGUUAAUGAGGCUACCAUAGGCAAGGGGGCCAUGAAUGGCUGGGUCAUGGGAAGGGAGCAGUCCCACACUCCUGGGGUUCAUCUGCCACCAGGAAAGCUCCCAGGAUCUCAUCUCAAUUGCAGCGCUGGGACCCCAGAGAACCAUGUUACAACAGCUCAGUUGUAACAAACUUUCUCAUAGCCAAGGCUAUGUUUGUGGAGAAUUUUGCUUGAGCUCCCUGGGAUUCUGAGUGUAGGGACACACUGUGAGGCUGUGCACAACAACACUGGAGAACAUGGCUUUGUAGCUAAGUCUCCUGGAUGGAGCCUCUUCAUAGUGUGAUUGGCAGGUUCUCGCACCUGGAAUCUGGUAUCUGACUAUAUGAACUAGACGGGAGGGGACAAGCAUCAGAGAGCUACUUCAUGGGAUUGUGUGUGGAUUUAAUGAGAUCACACGUGCCAAGUGUCCAGAAUGAUGCCUGGCACAUCUCCUGUUAACAUUCGGGGACGCUCAGUAUCUGGUGGGAGCUUGUGGUAGAGGUGGUCAGAUUUGCCUACGUGAUGCUUGGCCCUGCUCCUGCCAUUCAAGGGGUCCAGACUGCCUGGGUCCCAUGACUUCUUUAAUGCAUGUGGCCCUGAGAAUAUAAUUUCUGAACUCUAGGUCUGUCUACUUAUCUAUAAAAAUUGGAUCACAAUCUUAUGCUCUAAAAUUACCUUGAGGAUUGCUUUAGGCAAUUAGGAAGAGCAGAGGUUAGGGAUGCGACUGAGAUGAUUACGGUGCAGGUACAAUAUUGGGCAACCCUUCUCUGGGCCCAGGGCAGAGGAAAGGGUGGCCUUUGAUCACCUCUGUCACUGUAGAAAGGAUACAGCUCCGGAGGUUAUACAGCAGCAGGAAGCGACCUUGCCCAUGAGCAGCACUGAGGUGUGAGCUGUGGGGCCCUUGCCACAGGUCCUGCCUGAGCUCUCUCCUGUGUCUCCCAGGCCUCCUGGUUGUGUUCACGCCUGUGGUCCUGGGGCUGAAGGCGAUGGUCUUGGCUGCAGUUCUACUGGCCCUGGCUACCUGUCAGAGGAGACCUGGGCAAGAAGAUUUCAAGACCACAGGCCCAGCAGAGCCAUGAACACCUUAGCAUGGAGCAAGGUUCAAAAGUGAGGGGUCAGCCCCAGAAUGGGGAUCUCCUGAGUCAGAGAGGAGCCAGGGCUCCUCAACCACUUCCCUGCCUCCAGUCCCAGCCUCCAGAUGCCCCCAGGGCUCAUGACAAACUCCGAGAUCUGUACAUCUGCUUUUGGUUCACCUAGUGAAAUUUCCCUCUUUGCACCAGGCUUCCCUCUGAAGUGUCUCCCUUUCUCUUUUUGGCCUGUUCAGGACCUCCUUGUUUUUCAGACCCUGGCUAAGUCUCUCAACACCCUUGCCCCUGCUGCAGCCCUUUCUGAUGUGACCUUCCCCUUUUCCCACCUCCCACAUCCUUCUUGGCCUCCAACAUCCAACUCAGAGUCAUCUUCCCGGGAGGUGUCCCUAAGCAUCUCUGAGUUCAACCAGUCAGACAAACUCUGCCCCUCUAUCGACAGCCUUCUCCCCACCCCUCCUGCCUUCCUUCCAUCCCCUUCAUGGCUGGCUUGGGUGGGUGUCAUAUUAGGAUGCAGGUUCAGCGACUGUAACAAAGCUUUUAAAUAACAAUGGCUUAACCCAGUAGAAAUCAACCAGAACAUUGACCAUCAGCAGGCCACGCAAUACAGAGACUCCCUGGUAUUGAGACCCGGGACUCACUGCUCUCAUUGCUACCAGGUCUGCUUUCCAGCCCGUUAGACUGGGGAAGAAGACAGGGAAGGGGAGCAGGACCCUCCCCCUUAAGGGCACAGUCAGGAACUUGGCCACCUCACUUACCUCUACUUGGCUGGAAUGUGGUCACAUGGUCAUACCUAGCUGCAAGAAAGGCUGGGAAAUGUAGUCUUUACUUCUGGCAGCAAUGUGCCCAGUUGCAAGUUUUCACUAGAGAACCAGAUGGUAGGUAUCAGGGGAUAACCAGUUAUCUUCACCACAGCGGCAGACAGGCAGUCUCUCACCUGCCCUGAGUUUAAACCUAAGUUUAAUGCCCAGCUAGCUGGCCAGCACUUCUUCCCACCAUCACCUGCCCUGGGGUAGCAUGAUGUGGGGCAGUAGUUCCCAGGAAGAGUGAUUUUGCCCCCAUGGGACUUUUGGCAAUGUCUGAUGUUUUUGGUUGGCACAACUUGGGAUGCUACCACCAUCUAGUGGAAUGAGAAACCCUGACGUAGGGAAAAGUGUGCGUGCCAGAGAGUCAGACACACCUGCCUUGAACCCCGAGGCCUCUGCCCUGCACUGUGCACCCUCAGUGACUAAUCAGAGGCCCUUCAUAUCACAGAACAUCGAGGAUGCUAAUAUGGACUUCUCUGCAUUGUGUAAGAACCAAUUCAAGGUCAGGCGUGGUGGCUCAUGCCUGUAAUCCCGGCACUUUGGGACGCCGAGGCAGUGGAUCAUCUAAGGUCAGGAGUUCAAGACCCGCCUGGCCAACAUGGAGAAACCCCAUCUCUACUAAAAAUACAAAAAAUUAGCCAGGCAUAGUGGCAAAUGCCUGUAAUCCCUGUAAUGGGAGUAUGAGGCAGGAGAAUCACUUGAACUGGUGAGGUGGAGGUUGCAGUGAGACGAGAUUGCACCACUGCACUCCAGCCUGAGCAACAACAGUGAAACUCCAUCUCGAGAAAAACAAAAACAAAGAACCAAUUCCAUUUUUGCAUUUACUGAGGGCCUCCUGUGUGCUGUGUGCACUGCAUGCACUCAAUACAUGUAAAUUCCCUGUUCUCUUUCCAGGCAAACAUUUAUUAGCACUCACCAUAGGGGGAAGUGGAUGAGUCUAGAUGUUUUUCAUUAUAACAAACAGAAAAACAGCUUGAACUAAGCCAGAGAGGAAAGUCUGAGAAUGAAAUAAAUCACUGAACUCCCAGACAUUGGAGAGGGCAGGUAAGUCAGGCUAAAUAGUAGCCCCCAUCCCAAAGAUAUUUAUGUCCUAAUCUCUGGAACCUGUGACUGUGUUACCUUGUAUGGCAAAAAAAAAGAAAAAGAAAAAAAAAAAAGACUAUGCAGACAUGAUUAAAUUAAAAAUCUUGAGAGGGGGGCUGGGGUUUAUCCUGGAUUAUAUAAGUGGGCCCAAAAAGAGAUUCUAAAAAGGAUGAUAAGUAUCCUUACAAGAAAGUCACACAGGAGCUUCGAUGUAGAAGAGAAAGCAAUGUGACCACAGAGGCAGAAUUUGGAGCGAUGUGACCACAGGUGAAAGAAUGCCAGCAGCCACCAGAAGCUGGAAGAAGCAAGGGGCAAAUUCUCCCCCUGGAGCCUCUGGAGCAAGCAUGGCCCUGCGGAUAUAAUACGUUGAUUUCAGACUUUGGGACUUCAGAACUAUGAGAAAAUAAAUUUCUGUUAUUUUAAAUAA